GACAUCUAACAAAUUUUAUUUUAAAAUUUAGUAUGAAAAUAUGGCCUGUGGCUCUGCAGCGAUCAGAACCACGAGCGUCAACCCAUUUAAAGCACCUGAGUUCGACAGCAGGUGACCCGGAAGUGCUUGUCCGUGUGUUCUCAGCUGACGCCUCCUAGCUCUGUGUUUUUAAGAUGGCGCUGCGGCCGGGAGCAGGGGGUGGCGGCAGCUUCAUGUACCCUGUCGGUGGAGGACUCGGGCCUCAGCAAGGUAUGGUGCCCAUGCAGCCUCAGCAGCAACAGGGGUUCCCCAUGGUACAAGUCAUGCAGCCCAACAUGCAGGGCAUGAUGGGAAUGAACUUCGGGGCACAGUUGCCUCCUGGAUCCAUGCCCAUUCAGGGUGGCAUGGCCAUGGGACCCAUGCAGCCGCCCGGGAUGCAGUUCAUGGCGCAGCCGCAGUUCAUGGGCAUGAGAGGGCCGGGACCCCAGUACACUGCAGACAUGCAGAAGCAGAUCGCAGAAGAGCACCAGAAGCGCCUGGAGCAGCAGCAGAAGAUGCUGGAGGAGGACAGGAAACGGAGGCAGUUUGAGGAGCAGAAGCAGAAGCUGCGCCUGCUGAGCAGCGUCAAGCCCAAGAUGGGAGAGAAAAGCAGGGACGAUGCACUGGAAGCCAUUAAGGGGAACCUGGACGGCUUCAGCCGGGAUGCCAAGAUGCACCCCACGCCUUCCUCGCACCCCAAGAAGCCAGAAUCAUCGCCAUCCCACUCUUCUGUCUCUUCCCUCUCCCUCCCUUCUGCCUUCCCCGAAGACGACGACGAUUUUAGUGACUUUAUGCAGGGCCCGGCUGAGCCCUCUGCCUCCUUCCCUUCCUCUUUCCCCCUCGUCCCCCUCUCGUCCCCAUCCCUCCGGGCAGGAGUGGGGCGCCCACCCUUGGAUCAGGCCGCAGGGCACCCCACCUCCAGCCCCCCCCCUCAGUCUGUUCUUCACUCUGUGCCAGUCACGUCAGUCACCCAACGCUCUACUGUAACUGCUCCGAGCUCCCAAUCUUCUUCUUUCAAAGGCCCUUCCUUGGAAGAAAAGCUCUUUUCCUCCUGCGAUUUAUCCUCAGACAGCCGAGCCCAGGUUAACUUUAAGUCCCGCCAGCCCUUGGCGGAGAUGAGCCCUAGAGUUCAGGUCUCGGCCCAGUUUCAGCCCAGCGCGAGAGCCCGCAACUGGGGCGUCGCCGACAGCAACCUGAGUUCCGCUUUCGCCAUGGAAACGCCUUCCCAGCCGCCACACUCUCCGCCACCGCCGGCUCCCAAGGUAGCUGUAAGCCACGCCCCUCCGCCGGCGCAUGAGAGCGGUGUGGGCGUGUAUCCCCAGCAAGAACAUAUCCAGCCCAUGAUGCCUGCCUGGCUCUACAAUGACAGUCUUGUCCCAGACCUGUACAAGAAAGUGCUGGAGAUCACCAUGACCCCUUCAGGGAUUGACACGGCCAAGCUCUACCCCAUUCUGAUGUCAUCGGGGCUGCCCCGGGAAGCUCUGGGACAGAUAUGGGCCUUAGCCAAUCGCACAACCCCAGGGAAGCUGACAAAGGAGGAGCUUUACACUGUGCUGGCGAUGAUUGGUGUGACACAGAAUGGUCUCCCAGCUAUGAGCCUGGAUGUAUUGAGCCAGUUCCCCUCUCCCCCUGUACCCACACUACCUACACUGGCCAUGCCCUCUCUUCUGCAUCAGCAGCCCUUGAUGUCAGUGCCCUCUGUUGCCCAGCCGACAGUCUCCAUGGCAAUGUCCACUGCUUCCCAAGUGAUGGGCGUGUCCCUCUCUACAGCCCCACAGGGCUCCAGCUCACAGCCCACUGCAGGGUUCGUGGCUACCUUCCCCCCUGCUGCCCAGAUGACAAAACCUGAUGAGGAUGACUUCCAGGAUUUCCAGGAAGCGCCCAAGGCAGGAAUGGCGGACAACUCUUUCACCGAAUUCCAGGGAGAAUCCUCUGGAGCCUUUCCCAGCACCCAGCCUCAGAGCAGUGCUCCGGUGUUGCUGACCCCUGUGUCCGGAUCGGCAGCAUCGUCCAGCUCUGACAAGUACGCUGUGUUCAAACAGCUGUCUGUGGACCCGCCAGCAGACGCCACCCCCUCUGCUGCAGAUUUUGGAGAUAAAUACAGUGUUUUCAGGCAACUUGAACAUCCCUCUGAUUUGAAGCCAAUAGUUUCCAAAGGGGAAAACUUUCGGGACUCCAGGGAAGGAUUUGCAGAUUUCAGAUCGGCCAGUGCUGAUGAUGGCUUCACAGACUUCAAGACGGCUGACAGCGUUUCCCCACUAGAUCCCCCAGAACAGACCAAAAUCUUCCAGCCUGCUUUCCCUUCUCCUUUCCUGCAACAGCCUCUACAGCAGCAGCAGCAGCAGCAGCAACAACACCCAACCACCCUCUCCCAGCCCAAAACCCCUCUCAACAUGACAGACCUGGACCUCUUCACUUCUCUGGCUCCUGCCGUCCCCAUUACCGAGACCAAAAUGCCAGCUUUCCCCUCUGCCCCCUCUCUGAUAGCACCCCCUGCUGGGCAAAAGGCCCCUAGGGCAGGAGUGGAUGAUUUUGGUGACUUUGCUCUGUUUGGCUCCUCCACCACCACCUCCUCCUCUACAGUGUCAGCGUCUGCCCCCCUCGGGGGUGGGGCUGGCACGGCGGUCCAGGACGAUUUUGCAGACUUCAUGACCUUCGGCGGCUCGGCUGAGGCCAAGAGCAAGGCGAGGCCCGGCGAGAGCGGCGCGGCGGGGGGUCCCCCCGACGAGACCCUGUCGCCCCCGCCGCAGCAGCAGCAGCAGCUCCGGCAGCCCCACCUCUCCGACAAGUACGACGUCUUCAAGCAGCUCUCGCUAGAGGGCGCGCCGGGCUUCGAGGACGCCAAGGACAACGGCGGGGGCUCCUUCCUGUCCCUCAAAGGUGACGCCGACGACUUUGCCGACUUUCAGUCCUCCAAGUUCUCCACCGCCCUGGGGGCCUCGGAGAAGAGCCUGGUGGACAAGGUGGCGGCCUUCAAGCAAGCCAAAGAGGACUCGGCCUCCGUCAAGUCCCUAGACCUCCCGUCCAUUGGGGGCAGCAGUGUGGGUAAGGAGGACUCGGAGGACGCGCUUUCGGUCCAGCUGGACAUGAAGCUGUCGGACGUUGGUGGGGACCUGAAGCACGUGAUGUCAGACAGCUCCCUCGACCUGCCCGGCUUCUCUGCCCACCAGCCCCCCGCUGCAGAGGGGGAAGAUUUGAAGUUCGACCCCUUCGGAAACUUCGGCGGGGGUGGCUCCACUGUCAGCAGCCUCGCCAGCUAUGAUUGGUCAGACCGAGAGGAGCCCCCGGCCAGUCAGGGGAAGAAGCCGCAGUUUAGUUCAGAAGGUGGCAGCCGGCCUUCCUCCGCCAUCCUGCACAGGAAGGAGACGUCCUUCGGGAGCUCGGAGAACAUCACCAUGACAACCGUCGCCAAGGUCACCACCUUCCCCCCGGAUGAGGCCGUCUCUAGAGACGACAAGUUCGAGGCCUUUGCGCCCUUUGGGUCCGGCCCCCAGCUGCCCGAGGAUGACGACUUUGGGGAUUUUGCCAGCACCGUCUCGGAGAAGGCUGACUCCCCUCCCGCCCCAGUGGACCCUGGCGCCGAUGGACCGCAGAACCUGACUGGAGAAGCUGCCGAUGAAUUUGGUGCCUUCCAGGGAGAUAAACCCAAGUUCGGCAAGUUUGACUUCCUCAAGGCCAGCUCCCAGGCCAAGGUGAAGUCCAGUGAGGAGAUGAUCAAGAGUGAACUGGCAACCUUUGACCUCUCCGUGCAGGGCUCACACAAGAGGAGCCUCAGUCUUGGCGAUAAAGAGAUCGGGCGCUCCACCCCGUCCCCCGCCCCCGAGCAGCUGUUCCGGGAUCGCUCCAGCACGCUGAGCGAGAAGCCUGCCCUGCCGGUCAUCCGCGACAAGUAUAAGGACCUCACCGGGGAGGUGGAGGAAAGUGAACGCUAUGCUUACGAAUGGCAGAGAUGUUUGGAAAGUGCCCUGCAGGUCAUCAACAAAGCCAACAACACUCUGAACAGCAUCAGCAGCUCGGCGGUCUGCACUGAGGUCAUCCAGUCUGCCCAGGGGAUGGAGUACCUGCUUGGCGUGGUGGAGGUGUACCGCGUGGCCAGGCGGGUGGAGCUGGGGAUCAAGGCCACGGCCGUGUGCUCCGAGAAGCUGCAGCAGCUCCUCAAGGACAUCAGCCGCGUCUGGAACAACCUGAUGGGCUUCAUGUCGCUCGCCAACGUGACGCCUGAUGAGAGCUCCUUGGAUUUCUCUUCCUGUAUCCUGCGGCACGGCAUCAAAAAUGCCAAGGAGCUGGCCUGCGGGGUGUGCCUGCUGAACGUGGACUCGCGGAGCAAGAAAAAAGAAGGCAGAACUGUUGGACGGCUCUUUAAAAAAGCACGAGCAAAAGACAGUGACAGGAGGUUAUGGGCUUUCAACUCGGAAACGGACAACUUUAAGCUUACGUAUGGGGGUCACCAGUACCAUGCCAGCUGUGCCAAUUUCUGGAUUAACUGCGUGGAGCCCAAACCGCCAGGCCUCAUACUGCCAGACUUGCUCUGAGGCCCUGCUGCUGCCGCCGCCGCUAUAGCAACCGACAGAGGGUAAACAGUGAUGGAGAAAGCACUCAGCCUGACCAUGCACAGAGCCGCACUUAAGCCUAUGAGUCUGGGGAUCCCGUCAUGCACUCAGAAUAGCUCUUUUUCAUUUGCUUUGUAGAGUGUUUAUUACCGGCCUUACCGUGGUGCUCUGAGAGGACGCACCAAUCCUGAGCAUGAACAGCACAUUUAGUUAUGCAUUUGGUUUUCGCUGACAGAAGUACAAGUUUUUGAUCAGAUGUUACGAAUGAUUAUUUAUUGAAAAUACUGUGUAUUGCACAAAUGUAUUUGGCGUAAAACAAGGGACAGAAUGACAAUGUAGGUAAAUUAGGUCAGGAGCUGCUACAAAACAAAUUGUGUAAAGACACUUUCAGUGAGAGACGAUUUCUUAACUGUGUGAGUCCUGUGUAUUGAAUAAUUGCAAUGUCUAAUUAUUGUAUAAUUACAAGUAUAUAAUAUACCAUUGAAUUAUGAAGACAGUUCAGCAGAGAGAAACCUUUUUCUCCAUUAAAAGGGAUAAGUUACCAUAGGGUUGGCAAGAAGCAGCUUUUUAUUUUAAAGAGGUACUACAGUAUAUAAUGAAAACUAAUGUAACUAAUGUUGCCGAUUCAGAUUCGCUUAGGUCUUAAGAUUUAGAUGCAUAUCCUUAUUCAUCCCUUAGGCAAACUGCCCACUCAAAAAUAACUACGUAGUCCAUGUGCCCAGAGGAAGUGUGCUGGACCUGCUGUCUCUCGAUAGAUUUUUUUUUUUUGUCAUUUUAUUAUGGUAUCAUAGUUUUAGCUUGAACAUCUUGCAGCAGGGUUACGGCUGAGAUUGAAUGUAUAUUUUGGUGUAAAAAAUCUGCUUUUUCCUGUUGACAGUUGAACAGUACAAAACAAUAAUACUAAUUGCAUAAUGUCCUAUUAAAGUACCAUUCUUAGAUGCUGUUCUAUAUUAAAAGGCUGUAAUAUUUAACAAGAAUUACACAGAACACCUGCUGCCGUUUUUUGUUGCAAAGCCUCUUGUGUUUGUUCUUGACGUGGAACACUUUAUUCAGAAGAUAUUUAUGUUAGACAUAGAUAGGUGGAAUUUCAAAGGCAUUUGUUUUAUUGUUGUGCUGGCAGCUAUCUGCAAAAUUGAUUUCCUCUUUCUUUUAAGUGGGAGUUUACAUAAUACUUUGGAGGCUGCUGGCAGUAUUUUGCAACUUGUCUCUUGGAUAUCAUUUUUUAUCGACUCAAUUAGAAUAAGUCUUCUCUUUCUUAUCAAUUUAAUUUACGCAGGACUGACAAACAGGCUUUAUCAGUGAUUGUAGAUUCUGAUCUGGAGCAAAGUGUGUGUUUGUCAGAACUGAAUUUACUGAUGUCCUCACAAGGAUUGUAAUUCCUUCGAAACCGUUUUGGCAGAUUGUGAGAAGGAUCUUGACAGGAUUUCUGAGAAUAUAUCAUUUGGUUUAUAAGAAAAGGUAAUUGAACCCUUGAGCACUUACCCACUGGUUUUCACAAUACCUAUUCGUUUUGGGUCUGCUUUCACUCCAUGUCACAUUUGAACAGAGUAGGGAAUAGUCAAUAAAGUGGUCAAUGGGUCCUCAUGCCUAUAGGAAUACAGGUUUGUGUCUAAAGAGAGGGGAGACCAGAACAGGGAGAUAAAAGAUUAACUGAGGAAUACCCCUGGUCCAACAGCGUGCUCUGAGACAAACCAAUUCCCAAUUAUGACAGGGUAAUUCAGACAGGUUGUUUAACUCUUUCUAUUUUGCAUUUUGGUGAAAGUGGAUACAUGGUCAGACUGUUUUUUGCCAU